AUGGAAAGAAAACGUAAAUAUGUUGAAGAAUAUCUGAAAUAUGGCUUUACUAACUUGAUUAGUAAUGGAAUAGAGAAGCCACAAUGCGUAUUGUGCAAAGUUGUUCUCAGUAAUGAAUCUAUGAAACCUUCAAAACUCAAACGUCACUUAGAGACAGCGCAUUCAGAACACACUAAAAAGGAUUUGGAGUUCUUUCGUCGGCAUGAAACUAGUUGCAAAAGACAGAGACUUGAUCAAGCAGGAAGUUUUCAGCAAUCAAACAAAGUAUUAAUUCAAGCAUCAUAUGAAGUCGCAUUAGAAAUCGCCAAGCAAAAAAAACCUCACACAAUUGGAGAAAAACUUAUCAAACCUUGCAUGUUGAAGAUGGUGAAAUUAGUCCUUGGGGAUUCCAGUGAAGCAAAGAUGCAAGGAAUAUCUCUUUCUAAUAAUACUAUUCAGCGGCGUAUAACAGAUAUGUCCGAAGACGUCAAAGAGCAGAUUCUGAAUGAAAUCAAGGCUUCUCCAUUGUUUUCUUUCCAAGUUGAUGAAUCAACAGAUAUCAGCUCGUGUGCUCAGUUGCUUGUCUUCGUGAAAUAUAUUCAUUCAGAUGAUAUUAAAGAAGAGUUCCUAUUUUGUAGUGGACUUGAAAGUACAACAAAAAGUCAAGACAUUAUGGAGAAGAUUAAUGCGUUUUUUGAGACUGGAGGAUUAAAGUGGGAAAAUGUCUGUGGAGUUUGUACGGAUGGCGCACCAUCUAUGCUUGGGUCAAAAUCAGGCUUUCAGAAAAAAGUAAAAGAACUAGCUCCUCAAGCAAAGGGAAUCCACUGCAUGAUUCACCGGUAUGCCCUUGCCAGUAAGACUCUUUCAAUUCCUUUGCAAGCGGUUCUUGAUUCAGUUAUAAAAAUCGUAAAUUACAUAAAAUCUGGAGCUCUUAAAACGCGUCUGUUUAAAGAACUGUGCAAAGACAUGGAUUCUAAUCACGAGGUUCUGUUUUUCUACACUGCAGUACGCUGGUUAUCAAAAGGGAAUGUUGUAAAUCGUUUCUUUGAAUUGAAAGAUGAAAUUAAAUUGUUCCUAGAUGUACAAGAGAAACAUGAUCUUUUGGUAUACUUUAACGACAAAGCUUGGUUGGAAAGAGUAGCAUAUUUAGCAGAUAUAUUAGAACAGCAAAAUAAGCUUAACCUGAAACUGCAGGGAAAGGAAACAAAUAUUAUCGUAUUUCACGAUAAUCUCUGUGCAUUUUUAUCCAAGCUGCAAAACUGGCGAAGGAAAGUAAAUAUUGGAAAUAUUGCCAUGUUUGAGAAACUCUGCAGUGUGGUAGAUGAAUCUGGAGGUGAAAUAAAUAAAAAAUUGAAGGAGGAGAUUGUCGGGCAUCUCGAAUCGCUUGAGAAGGAACUGGAGCGUUACUUCCCUAAGCUGAAGGAAGAAGAAACUACAUUUACACGUAAUCCGUUUUCUGCAUCUCUUGAUAUAACAAACAUUCCCAAUGAAUUACAAGAUGAAUUCAUAGAUUUACGGAAUGAUUCCUCGGCACGUAACUUGUUUAAUGAAAAAUUGCUCACACAAUUCUGGUGUAGUAUGUAUCAUUCAUACCCGAAUGUGACAAUGCUUGCCUUUCGAAUUUUAAUUCCAUUUGUAUCGACAUAUCUCUGCGAGAGUGGAUUUUCCACUCUUCUUCGGUUAAAAACGAAAGAAAGAAAUCAACUAAAUGUUGAGAACGAUAUGAGAUUGGCGUUAACGAAUACGCAGCCACGAAUUUCGAGAUUGGUUGAUAAGUUGCAAUUUCAACCAUCACAUUAA